AGUCUGAGAAGACCACAGCACCAGAGCCAUGGCUAUGAUACUGGGAUAUUGGAACGUUCGCGGACUUACUCACCCCAUCCGCCUGCUCCUGGAAUACACAGAUUCAAACUAUGAGGAGAAGAGAUACGUCAUGGGGGAUGCCCCCAACUUUGACAGAAGCCAGUGGCUGAGUGAGAAAUUCAAUCUUGGCCUGGACAUUCCCAAUUUGCCCUACUUAAUUGAUGGGUCACACAAGGUCACCCAGAGCAAUGCCAUCCUGCGCUACCUUGGCCGGAAGCACAACCUGUGUGGGGAGACAGAGGAGGAGAGGAUUCGUGUGGACACUUUGGAGAACCAGGUCAUGGACACCCGCAUACAUCUCAUGAUAGUUUGCUGCAGUCCUGACUUUGAGAAGCAGAAGCCAGAGUUCUUGAAGUCCAUCCCGGAGAAGAUGAAAAUCUAUUCAGAGUUCCUGGGCAAGCGACCAUGGUUUGCAGGGGACAAGGUCACCUAUGUGGAUUUCCUUGCUUAUGACAUUCUUGACCAGUACCGUAUGUUUGAGCCCGAGUGCCUGGACGCCUUCCCAAACCUGAAGGACUUCCUGGCCCGCUUCGAGGGCCUGAAGAAGAUCUCUGCUUACAUGAAGAGUAGCAGCUUUCUCCCAAGACCUGUGUUUACUAAGAUAGCCCAGUGGGGCACUGAUUAGGCCCCUGCCAUGCUGGCACUCACAGGAAGGACCUGUCCACACUGGAUCCUGCAGGCCCUGGGCAGGAACAGCACUUUUGCACUGUGGCUCCUGGUUCUCUCUCCUUCCCUAUCCCUUCUCCAGCUUUCUCAGCCUCAUCUCCUCGCCCUCACCCCAGUCAAGUCCACACAGUCCUCAUUCUUCCCACUUUCUUUCAUUAUGAUCCCCUUCUUCUUAUGGCACCCUAACCCAUCCUCACAGACCUUUUCUGUGAUUUGAGGUCUGCCCUGAACUCAGGCUCCCUAGAAUUAACCCAAAGGUCAAUGCUGUCUCAGUGCCAGCCCUCCUUAGAAUUACCCCGAAGCUCAACACUGUCUCAGUGCCAGCCUGUUCUCCUGGAGGAGCUUCCCUCAGCCUGUCUCAUCUCUAAUAAAGCCUGAAACACA